CGGAUAUCAGGCGGACGUUGUCGGUUAGCAACAAAUCUGACAACAGCGGGCUGCAGCGGGACAGCUGUUAGUCCGAGAACAGUGUCUGACCCGGGUUAGUUACUCUCUGAUCCCAACCGCGCCAACAUGGAGGGCCGACCGGGGCGCAUGUGCUGCGCGCGACGGAACCACCCGCUGUGAGGCUGUGGACCAGGGACACGGGACUGCUGGGUGACGUCAUGGACUCCCUGCUGGACUUUGAGGAUUGCGUCAAAGACUCACCUGAGUUCAGGCUGGCUCUGGAUCAGUUUGAAACAGAUGUUUCACAGCUGGAGACAAAACUGGACAAGGUGAUGAAGUUGUCUGGGAAGAUGGUAGAGGCGGGACAAGCCUACAGCACUGCCAAUAAGCUGCUACUGAGCGGCCUGGCUGAGCUGUGCACCAAUCAGACAAAGGACAGCGUGAUCACAACCUGCUUAAACCAGUUCCACCAGGGCCUGCAGGAAAUGGUCAGCUUCCACACUAUGUUGUUUGAUCAGACGCAGAGAGCCAUCGGCCAGCAGCUCACUAACCUCUGCACGCAGUUCCUGCCCCAGCUGGCGGAGACCAGGAGGGAGUUUGUGCGGAUCGGCGAGGAUCUGGAGACGGCAGCGACGAAGAACGCUCAGGUGUCUCGACAUAAAGCUGCCGACGCCGAGCGGGCAAGUCACCUGCUGCUCGCUACACGCAAAUGCUACCAGCACUUCGCCUUGGAUUACUGUCUGCAGCUCAACACCUUCAAGACUCAGCAGAAGGUCGACAUCUUAAACUCUAUGUUCUCCUUCGUCCACGCUCAGUUCACCUUCUUCCACCAGGGCUUUGACCUGCUCAGAGACCUUGAGCCCACCAUGAAAACCAUGGCAGCGCAGCUGUCACAGCUGUCUGCAGACUGCACGGCCAAGAGGAAGGAGCUGGAGAACAGACACCUGCUGGUCCAGCAGAGGGAUGCUUCAGGGGAGCCGAUGGUCAGCGCGUGUCCUGGCAAUGAUGACAUCAUCCGGGGUUACCUGUUCAAACGCUCGAGGAGGAAAUCCAAAAUGUGGAAGAGAUCCUGGUUCACCAUCAGAGACAACCAGCUCAUAUACAGGAAGUCCCACAAGGAGGAAGCCGUGGUUCUGUUCGAGGAUCUGCGACUGUGUGCUGUCAAAUCUUUGGAUCACGUGGACCGACGCUUCUGCUUUGAGCUGCUCUCCGUCCAGAAGUGUUGUGCUCUGCAGGCUGACUCGGAGCAGCUGAAGCAGGCCUGGCUCAGUGCUCUGCAGGGCAGCAUCGACCUUGCCUACAGAGAGCGAACCGACACUCAGCUGACGCAGCCUAAGGAGCUCCCCCCUCUGCAGUGUGGCGGGGACGCCUCUCCGGGCCCUCCCGCCCAGAGGCCGGCAGCAUUGGGCGUGGCCCUGAGGGGCGCUGGGAACCAGAGGUGCUGUGACUGCGGGGAGGAAGAGCCUCGCUGGGCCUCCAUCAACCUGGGAGUCACCAUGUGCAUCGAGUGCUCCGGCAUACACCGGAGCCUCGGAGUCCACCUGUCGAAGGUGCGAUCUCUCACUCUGGACUCCUGGGAGGCCGAACAGCUGAAGCUGCUGUGCAUUCUGGGAAACGAUGUGGUGAACCAGAUCUACGAGGCGCGAUGUUCAGAGGAGGGACGAGUCAAACCCCAAGCCCACAGCCCGCGGGCCGAGAAGGAGGCGUGGAUCAAAGAGAAAUACGUGGAGAAAAAGUUUGUUCAGAGCAACGGCGCUCAGCAUCAUCGUCAUAAGGACGCAGCCACGCUACGUCUCUAUCAGGCGUCUUUGGCAGGAGACCUGGUUGCCAUGGCGUCCAUGUUGGCCGAGGGGGCAGAGGUCAACGGGAGCAUUGGCGAGGAGGAGGGCCGCACGCCGCUGAUCGGAGCAGCGAUCGGGGGGUCGCUGUUGGCGUGCGAGUUCCUGCUGCAGAACGGUGCAAACGUCAAUCACAGAGACCUCAGAGGACAGGGGGCGCUGCAUGCUGCCGCCACUGCCGGUCACACCGGACAGGUGUGCCUGCUGCUGAAGAGAGGAGCCAAUCAGUACGCAGUGGACGAGAGAGGUCAUGACCCUCUGGCCAUCGCCGUGGAAACGGCCAACGCUGACAUCGUCACUCUGCUCCGCAUGGCCCGGAUGAACGAGGAGAUGAGGGAUUCGGAGGGAGUCUUCGGCGCCGCGGGAGAUGAUGAGACGUUUCAGGACAUCUUCCGGGACUUCAGCGACAUGGCGUCACAUGACCCGGAGCGACUGAGCCGGCGGCACUUCAGCCGAGGAGGGGCGGAGGAGGAGGAGGAGGGGUAGUGUUGAUAGGAUGGAGAGCGGUGACAGUAACACUGUAAAUUAUUCUGUCACGAGUACCAGCACACGCAGAAGGAAGACCUCAGAUACCUCCUUCUUCUUCUUGGAUUACCGUGGACGGAGAACUGUUACCGACCUUCAGAUAACCACGAGUGCAGCUGAAAACAUUUCCUCUCAUAUUAACCUCAGAUUAUUGAUCCUAAAGAUAUUUUAUCUGAAUAAUCACAUCUUAACUCUCAUGAGAGGAGAUCAAUGUUACAGAGGUUUGUCCUCCAUCACGCAACUUUACUUCAGGAUGUAGUUACAGCUAGCGCCCCGUGCUGGGCACAGUUAAUCGGUUACCAAUUUACUGUGAAAAUCCUGACACGUCCUCUCAGUGCGGUCCUGAAAAACUUCCAACAGCACUUUAUGUCCUCACAAUUCAGACAGCGUUCCAGAAAAUGUUUCCAGAUGUUUCCGCUCCUGCGCCAAAAAAUAGGAUCUGCUGCAGAUCUCUGGGAAUGAAGGUGUUUUAUGUGUGAAAGGUGCUGUUUGAGCUCUGACAGCUGAUGGAGCUACAGCAUCGGCCUUUUGUUUUAAUCCGUCUCUGUUUGAAAGUCCAAACACUUCACAUCCCAGCUUGAUAAUAACGAGGAAAUACAACGACCGUAACAUGUGACAGCACCUAACCACACAGGGAAAGGUAAUAACAACCACGUUUUGGUAUCAUGGUUUUUAGAUGUUUAUUAGUCUGAAAUUUCUUUAACGACGAAAGAAUAUUUUUAACAAUCUGAAACCCUUUGAACAAUAAAAUGGAGACGUGUUUAAUAUUUGGAGGUAAAUCUUUAAUAUAGUGACGUUUAUGUGGUAACAUGUUUUUACAUUCUAGGACAAAUUAGGAUUAAAUUGAUCCAAAAUCUAAAGUUCUCCCUCGUUUGAAGGUAAUGUUAAUACAUGAUAGUUAUUACCUCGUGUCUUCUGCUGUAUUUCACAGUAAUAUUUACAGCUGAAACCAGAAAAACAUGUCUGUGAACGUUUCAGCUGUUACUGUAAAUAUUUAGCUGUCAUUUCCACGUUUUUACCGAGCUGUGACGGAGAGUGCCAGCGAGCGCCCGCGGACGGCAGCUCCGCUGGUCUCCAGGCGGAGCGUGAAGCCGUGAUGAGCUUCGCUGAAACUCUGAUGUACGGUGGGAGGAAGAAGCAGCGUCAGGGUUGAAUCUAAUAACCUCCCUUAAUGCCCCAUGUUUAACAGUGUGUCCGAAAGGGAUUUCAGACUUUUGCUGCUUAUCUGUUUUUAACUGUUUGUGUGACUGAACGAGGCCGCGAGGCUCGACUCGUCUCUGACUGAAUGUUCGACACAGCAGGACGCGUCAAAUCACGCCGAUGACGCCGUUCGUUAUUGCUGUGAUGCUACUGCUCAAUAAAACCACUGAAGAAGA